AUGGCUUCUUCAUCAACACCAGCGAACAGCGGCAAAACUCCCAAGCCCGCCCUCCGCAUCCUCUGCUUCGGCAACUCGCUGACGGCCGGCUACCCGGCGGACAACCCCUACGGCAUCAGGCUGAAGGAGAAGCUUGAGGAGGUGUUUCCGCACUUUGUGAAGGGGAAGGAGAAGGGGGGCAAGAAUGGGGGUGGUGUCGAGUUCGAUGUCGAUGGUGUGCCGGGAGACCUCGUUGCGCGGGGGAGCUUCUUGGGGCGGAUGGAGAGUGCUUGGCAACAAGCGGAGCACCCGUAUGACUGGACGAUCGUGCUGGGCGGUACAAACGACAUCGGCUGGGGCGUCGACACAGACCAGCUCAUCGAGGGCCUGAAACGCAGUUGGGACAUCCCGCUGUCCAAGGGUGGCAAAGUUCUGGCACUCACCAUACCAGAGACGAAAUACAGAUCUGCGAAGCUCGAGGAGUCGCGGAACAAGGUCAAUGAUGCUAUUAGGGGGUAUAAGAAGAAGAAUUUCUUCCACUUCGACCUCUUCAACGCAAUCCCCUACCACAGCAUGCCAGCCGGCGACCGGCCCACGUACUGGGAAAUGGACGGCGUGCACCUCACAGCGGCUGGCUACGACCUGAUGGGCGAGAAGAUCGCCGAGGCCCUGGUGCGCAUCCUGCGGCUGGCCGAGGCGCAAGACACGGAGAUCAGCGAGAUCGUGACGGAUCCGCGGCAGCGGCGCGCCAUCGAGGACCUGAUAGUGGAAGAGGAACGGGGCGAUCAUAAGCUGCUGAGUCAGGGGUAUAUCAUAGUGCGGAAACGGGACCUUGAUUAG